UUCGCCAUGGAGAACAUUGGUAUCGCUUUCGCCCUGCUGCCGCUUUUGCUCCAGCUCCUGUUGGCGGGUAGUACUCGAGGUCACCUACUAUCCGGCCAGCCAGACAUUGACCUACGCAUCCAGGCCCAGGAGCAUCUGAUCUCUCAGCACAACGACAGCGCCUAUGUACAGCGUCUGAUGCGCCUGGCCAAGUCCGCCGAGAUGCGUAGCUAUAUGCAACCGGAGUUGGAGGCCUGCGACAACUUCUACGACUACAGUUGCGGUCAUUGGCCGCAGAUAAACCCGGCCAAUGCAGUCAGUCCCCGCGAGACCAACUAUGAGCAGCUGCUGGUCAAGGCGUAUCAUCACAAGCAGCAGCGCCUCUUGGAACGGCCAGCAAACGGGGAAGUAGACGACUUGGCGGUGCUCCGACUAAAGCAGUUUUAUGCCAGUUGUCUGCUCUACCGUCAAACUCCGGAGGAUGUCUAUCGCCGACAGCUGCAGGAGAUUGUGGCCGAGUUUGUGUAUGUGCCGGAUUUGAGUCAACCUGGCCAGGAGUGGCCCACCGAGGACUUUGAUUGGCUGGACACUGUGGCCCAAAUCAAGCGAAAGUAUGGCUUCAACAUUCUUCUGCUCCUUCAUUUAUCCGCGGAUCGCAUUUACGUGGGUCAGCCCAUGAAGAUACAAGCCCUGCCCGAUCGUCAAGCUCGAGCUGAUGUCAUACGGAAUAACUUGGAGAGCCAUUUGGGCGUUGAGGAAAAGCUGGCCAAGAAAUGGGCUCGGGAAAUCGCCGAUGUGGAGCAACUAUUAUCCAGGGGAAUGAUGGAACGACGCGUAGGCAUUUUGUCCCAGUUGCGCACACCCGAGGAGUUGGAUGCACCGAAUUCGGAAACCUUCAACAUCACGCAGUAUGUGGAAAUAGUUCUCGAUCGCGAGUUGGAUCCCAAUGAGACGCUCUACGAACACGUGCCCAGUUACCUGAACCAUUUGGCCAACGUUGUGAUGGAAACAUCACCCCAGGUGCUGGGCAGAUUCAUCUUCCAUGAGCUGCUGCAGCACUUCUUUUACGAUCGAACGGGAAACGUCGUGGAGCAGUGUGUGAGCCGAGCCAGAGAUUUGUUUCCGGAACUCCUCGACAACAUGGUUUAUAAGCAGUACGGAGAUGCAGCUAUCCUCAGUGACAUAGAUGGUGUCUGGCAGCAGAUCAAACACAGCUUUCGAGGGGUUCUGGAGAACUCUUCGGCUGACUGGCUGGUCGUGGAGACCCGAGAGAAACUGCUGGAGCAUCUGAAUGCCACCAGUUUAGUGGUCAAUGGACAUGCCGAUGUGAACUUCACGGAGAGGUAUGCAAGUCUGGAGCUGAAAGAUCGGAAAUACCUGCAAAAUCUGAAGGCCGUGUUUAGCCAUGAAACUCUCACGGCCAAGAAGAUUCCCAGCACUUCUCUGGUUUACGAUCCCUUGGGGAACAUCGUCCUGCUGCCGGUGGCCCUGCUCCAACCGAACAUCCUCUGGUCCCGCUAUUAUCCAAGGGCUCUGCGCUUUGGCACCUUAGGAACUUUGCUUGCCCACGAGCUGGCACACAGCCUGGAGGACGCCUCCAAGUGGGAUGCAAAGUCCUUUGCGGAAUAUGCCAAGCGGAAGGCUUGCUUUAAGGAGCAAUAUGGACGCCUACGUCUCAACGGACGGUAUUUGCCGGAGAGCAGCUUGCAGGCGGAGAACAUAGCCGACAAUUUGGCUAUCCAGGUGGCUUAUCACGCCUAUAGAAGAUACUUGUCGGAGCUGGCCACCUCUGCCCUGGGAACGGAGUCACUGCCCCAGCUGAAGCUCAACCCACGACAGCUGUUCUUCCUUAGCUACGCCCAGCUGUGGUGUAACGAUGCCAAUGAGGAUUUCCGGGAUAAGCAAUCCCUCCUAAAGAUCCGCACUCCCAAUCCACUGCGGGUUCUGGGCUCUCUUUCAAAUUUUGGGUCCUUUGGACGGGACUUUGCCUGCGGCAGUGAGAGCCGGAUGUCUACGCCAGAAAAGUGUCAGCUCUUUGCAGCAAGUUUGGAUUAA